AGUUCCAGACUUCCCCCGUAAACUGACCGAUUUCCAUGGUAAUGAGAUGGACAGUGAAACUGUUGUCAACGAUGAAAUAGAAAUCCAGACGGGGCUAAAGCCUGUUACCAUACGCCCUUCGCAACGCAUCUCAGACAGCCCAUUAACCAAGACCUUGCUUGUAUGCUUCCUGAAGCCGACCAAGAACUAUUGGUCCCUUUUCGGCAGCCGCACGGCCAAACUCGUCAACAAAACCGACCGCCCCAGGCAGGGCGAAACAUGCUAGGACUACCACUCUUUCCGCGUCUGUAACAGACAACCUCCCUGCCAACGCUGCGGCAAAACUGUCCACGAUUGUGCCGAGCAAUGCGACAUUAUCCUUCUACAGGAACCUUGGACAACUCUCACAAACUCCCGG